AUGACAGCGGGUGGCACUAAUACGUACCCUGACACUAAUCUCCCCGUUAAACACCUCAGCGAACACACAGAGGUACAACGAUUGCUCGCCGUAUCUCGUAUCAAGGACCCCACAACCAAUGAAUGGAAGCUAUCCUAUUCAAAUCCUCAUCUCGAAGCAUUCCCGCCUCUUCUUUACGCACAUGCAGACAUUCAAAAUGCGCUUGGACUGUUUAAAGCCGAUGAGCUCAUUCGGAUUGGCCGAACCAUUAUUGUGGGACCAUCUGCAUUGAAAAGUGAUGAAGUACGCCGCUCUCGUGAUGACAGUCCCUAUGCGCAUAUGGAUAAUCGCCAAAAUCGCACAACUCCAGGCUUAAUUGCAUGGUGCGCUACAUGUGCAAUUUACAUGUUAUUGGACGAUAUUGAGUUUACAAGCAGCGGAGUAGGAUCUCGGACUGGAAGACGAUAUCUGGACCACUUUGAUAUGUACAAGCGCUAUCUCAUCACACAGUACAAAUCCCUUACAUCGCUUUUUUCAUUCUGGGACACAUCAUUAUUUCCCCAUUCGCAAACAGCACCGUCAACUCUGCUUGCCCCACAGCCAACUGUAAUCAUAUCAACAGGAUUAGUGCCAGCCCCCGAUGAUCCAUUGCAGCAUGUGAUCAAUAACUUCAAUCGCCAGUCUACAAUUGACUUGGAGGCACCCGUUCAAACACAGGACGACAAUUUGGGUGAUAAAACUGACUCGGACAUCGAAUACUUUGGUCCCCCUGCAUCUCAGGUCUCACAAGUGUCCCACAUCGGGCAUAUUAUUCAUCCAGAAGCCGAACUUGACAAUUCGGACAAUUCGGAUUCAGAUGGCGCCCAUGCACCAAUCACAAACAAUCCGGGUACAUUACCAUCUUACUCCACUCUCCCUGCUGCUGUAGAAUUGCCGAGUAUCUCCACCUCAUUCCAGGACCACUCUGGUCCUUCAAAUCCAUCGUCAAACACUGCACCAGUUACCGCAAACACGCCACAACAAGUGGCACAUGUUUCUAUUCCACAGAAGCCUGUCCGUUCGAGGAAGAAGAAAGCCGUCACACCUCUUCAACAAGAUGCAACUAUUGUUCCAACAAGGGCCCGCAGUACUCGUGCUAGCUCUCGAAGCAAUGCACCAAAGUGA